GCUUAUACGUAACUAAGAUAUCAAUAAGAAACUAACUGGGAAUCUAGUGUACCGUGGCUAGCGCUACGGCCUUGGGUCAAGCAUUUGGUGGUUUCUUCGUAAAGUGGGGAGGAAACGUUCGAUACUGGAUCAUCUUCUCGACUUUUUCCAUGGUCGCAUUUGUCGGUGCCUGCGCGUCUCUUACUCCCGACACCUUGAACGCCGGUAUUGCUUUCACGAUGAUAGGUCCUUUCUUCGUUGGCGUCAUCGAAGUUUGCGCUCUCGCACUCGCCCCCCUUUUCUGUCGGCCUGUCGACAUCGGUCUUGCGUCCGGCCUGUUGGCUUCGAUUCGAUCAGCCGGCGGUUCUAUCGCCGUGGUUGUCUACAGCAGCAUAUUGUCAAACCGUCUUGCUUCGACAUUCCCUGCAAAUGUUGGCCCGGCUGCAAUUGCUGCUGGUCUCCCGGCGGAGAAAGUUCCUGCUCUCGUUGCAGCCGUCCUGGGAAGCAAGCUUGCUACUUUCCUGGGACUGAGCGACGCCAGAAAAGCUGCCGUUGCUAGCGUGUUACCAAUAGCAUAUUCGCAAGCAUUCAAGACCGUGUACCUGGCCAGUCUGGGAUUCGGAGGUAUCGCCAUUGUCGGCUGUCUCUUCUCCAAGGAUGCUCAGAAACAUCUCACCGAUAAAGUCGAGCGUAAGAUGCACGGGAAGGUAACCGGGAAAGAUAGCCCAGACUCCGCGCCAUCGGCAUAAAGGGGGGAUUAAUUGAGUCAAAAGUUGUGUUUGUCUUUAUCCUUAACGAAAGGGCGACGUCUAACGCAGGAUUCAUUUGACAUGAUUUGAACGUAUCAUAUUUAUCUAAUGCCUAUGUUAUUGCCGUUCUAAAUGAUACCAACUUGUAUAUAAGUAAGAACUAGCAGCGUUGCCCCGUCCGCUCAAGCCGCGGACGGGGGAAAGAGGAGGAAAAGGGAGGGCAUCAUGCGCAAAACCAACGC